UCUCCCCUCCCAUUCCCCCUAACCCCCACCCUUCCUCCCUCCCUCACCCACUCUUUCCUGCCCCUUUGCUGGGGGACCUGCCUGAAUACCACCACCCUCCCUGCUCCCCCCGUUCCCUCGGCCUCCCCAGGCCCCGUCGGGGAACUUUGCGCCUCUGGACUCCAUUGCUUUGGUCAUUUUCACAAAGCCAGGCCGGUGGGGCAGGUCCAGCUGGCCUCCGGGACAUACGGAUGCCCAGGACCCCGGGCUAAUCGGCUGUGCCUUCCUCACUUACUGUGCCAGGGACUCUGCCAUCAAAGCUCAGACUGCUCUGCACGAACAGAAGACCUUGCCCGGGAUGGCACGGCCAAUCCAGGUGAAGCCUGCGGACAGCGAAAGUCGUGGAGGUAGGGACCGGAAGCUGUUUGUGGGGAUGCUGAACAAGCAGCAAUCAGAGGAGGACGUGCUGCGGCUGUUCCAGCCCUUCGGGGUCAUAGACGAGUGCACGGUGCUCCGGGGGCCUGAUGGCAGCAGCAAAGGCUGUGCCUUCGUGAAGUUCUCCUCCCACACGGAGGCUCAGGCGGCAAUCCACGCCCUCCAUGGCAGCCAGACCAUGCCGGGUGCCUCCUCCAGCCUGGUGGUCAAGUUUGCCGACACAGACAAGGAGCGAACACUACGGCGCAUGCAGCAGAUGGUGGGCCAGCUGGGCAUCCUGACACCGUCCCUCACCCUGCCCUUCAGCCCCUACAGUGCCUAUGCGCAGGCCCUCAUGCAGCAGCAGACAACGGUCCUGUCCACCUCAGGCAGCUACCUGAGCCCUGGCGUGGCCUUCUCACCCUGCCACAUCCAGCAGAUCGGCGCCGUCAGCCUUAAUGGGCUGCCUGCCACACCCAUCGCCCCUGCCUCUGGACUGCACUCGCCCCCACUGCUCAGCACUGCCGCCGUGCCCGGCCUCAUGGCUCCCAUCACCAACAGCUUUGCAGGUGUCGUGCCCUUCCCUGGCGGGCACCCUGCCCUAGAGACUGUAUAUGCCAAUGGCCUCAUGCCCUACCCAGCUCAGAGCCCGACCAUGGCUGAGACCCUCCAUCCUGCCUUCUCCGGAGUCCAGCAGUACACAGGUCCCGAAGGCUGUAACCUGUUUAUCUACCACCUCCCCCAGGAGUUUGGAGACACGGAGCUGACGCAGAUGUUCCUGCCCUUCGGCAAUAUCAUCUCCUCCAAGGUGUUUAUGGAUCGGGCCACCAACCAGAGCAAAUGUUUUGGACCCCACGAGCCAGGAAGCCGAGUGGAAGACGCCCACGUUGCCCACCAUCGCGGGUCCACCCCGGUCUCUGCAGGCUUCGUGAGCUUUGACAACCCAGCCAGCGCGCAGACUGCCAUCCAGGCCAUGAAUGGCUUUCAGAUUGGCAUGAAGAGGCUGAAAGUGCAGCUGAAGCGGCCCAAAGAUCCGGGACACCCCUACUGACCACGCCCACAGCCGCCCGGAGGCUGUGGGCUUGGCCCAGGUGAGCCGCCAGGCGGCCCCACCCGCCCCAACCCUGCCCCGGGUUUUCUGCACCCUCCCUAUUCCCCAAACCCUCUCCCGGCCUGGGGGUGGGAAUGGGGCCAGGGGGUGAGGUUGCUAAGGGGCCCCCAGGUUGGAUUGUAAGGGACGGAGCUGGAUGAAGACACUCCCAAUCCCUGUCGUGGGAGGGUAGGAUUGGGUUGGGGAAGUGGGGGAAGCCAGUGCUCACCAAGGGUGGUUCGAAUCCUUCCUGGAGAAGCUUUGAAGGAUAAAUAGAAAUUUGCCUGAGGGGCCAGGUUGGGAAUGGGGUGGGGAAUGUUGUGGGGAUGGGCUUCUCUCCUGUCCUAUGACUCCCAGCUGGGCCCCUCUCUCAGCUCCUCUAUUUGGUAUAGUUCAUACCCAAUGGGUUGAUGGGAAGGUGGGAUUUUGCCCCGCCCCCCAUGCCAGAAAAAAUGACCCCCCAAACAAAUCCCCAAGAGUGUAUUUUGAUUUGACAUCAGAGCAAACAAUUUUAUCAACUCAUUACCUUUUUUAGGGAAUGAAUAGUGAGCCUAAGGGAUCAAUGAGGAAACUAACUACUGACCUCAAGCUUCCGUGAGCCUCAUCUGUGAAAUGGGCUCAUAAAAACACCUCCCCUAGAGGCAGUAGGGAGGACUCACACAGGGGAUGCAUUGUUUUCCCAGUUGAGCCUGGGAUCCACCACCUGUAAAUUCUUGAUAAUUCCUAUUUUUUUUCUUUUUUAAUCACCAUUGCCGUCAUCAGAAAGCUUUGCCUGGGGUCUGGCGUAAAGUAGGUGCUCAGUCAGGGGAUGGUGGUAACUUUCAGACCCUGUCAGGUCAGCACCCACAGAUUUGAGGGUGUGCAGUCAGAGUCCUGCAUCUUGGAGCUCACAUUUGGAAACCUGCCACGUUUGGAAACCAACUCACAGGCAACCCACACACUUUUAACAUGCUGGGAUAGCACAUCUUUCCUGAGCACCUACUAUGUGCUAGGCACUGUUUCCAGUGUUUGGGGACACAGCUUCGCAUGAACAGAAACUUGGGGGUGGGCGGGGGGAGGGGAGAAACUGCCAUCCUGGUGCUCCAGUGGCAGGCAACAGGGGAGAGGAGACACAAAUGAACAGGAAUAUUUGUCCCAAGUUGCCAGAUAAGGACACGCACUUGGUUACCCUAACUCUGUUCCAAGCCAGGUUUGUCAGCCUCCAAACUCCAAAAUGGACUCUUUCCGAAAAGAUUAGGAAUCUUGGGGUUCUAGACCCCAGCCUGGCCAGGGCAAGGGGGUGGAUGGGAGGGGAGGUCCUUUGCCUUUGUGCCCAGCUCAGAGUUCCCUAACGCCCUCCCUUCUCCACCAGGUGAGGGGCCUUCCACCCCAGGAGGGUUUCCCCGCUUCCAACUGAUCCAGGACUUUUCCGUAAAUUACAACCGAGUUUGGACACCAGCCCUCCCUCUCCUCUCCUGUCUCCCCUGAGCCCCCUUCCCAAAAUGUGAAGCGCUGCCGGAGAGGGCAGGGGGCUGAGGAGCUUACCACUUCCUCCUGGGAGAUUUCCUGGCUCCUCACCCCCUACAACCUUGGUGGCUUCCCCAAACUAAAUCACCACUUUUUCUAUAUAUAUAUAUGCAUAUAUAUAGAGAGAGCUAUAGACAGUAUAUAUAUUUUUUGAGUGUAGAUCAUGGGACCAAACUUUUCUGACUUCCUUCCACCCAAGAGAAGGUGACCCUAGGCUGGUCACUCAGCAGGGACAUAAGAAGGGCUGAGGCUGGCCGGACAGCCCCGUGUCUCCUCACCUCCCGGCUGUAUCGUCAGACCAGGGUGCCAGAGAAGCACUGGGAGUCAUCAGCCAACCGAUAUACCUCCAGGACUUUUGGCCGCUGCCACCGACGAUUCUCUCGGGCCUAUGGGCUCAGCCGGCUUGAGUGUCCCUGGUCCUAGCUGCAGCUUCCGGGACCCCGAACUUCCCUCCCUUGUCCCAGGGCCCUGCCUUCCCCCGCACAAAAGAGAGCCCCUGGCCUCCCCCAGCCCUUUCCCCCCAGUCAUAGCCUUACUCAUGUGACCAAUAGCCCUUAGCUUUCCGUCAGGGGUAGAUGGGGCCGGUGGGAGCCCCUCUCCUCCUACCCCUCCCAAGGGCAGGCAGCCAGCCCUCCCUGCCUUCGGAUCACCAGCCUGGAAUUCACGGUCUCAUAACCAAGAUUGCCACGCUCGUUGGACAAGCCCAACCUGCACUGGCCAAGCACCCCUUUGCCGAAGAUACCUCUUCAAAGAAUUUUUUUUUAACGUUGAUCUUUCUGAGCAGGUACAAAGAAGAAAAGAGGAAAGAGAAGAAAAAUGGGGGUGGGGGGAAUCAAACAAUGGAUUUUUGUUUCCUAGCUGGGGCUGGGAGGGAGAUCCUGUGGGGUGCCUCUCUAUACCUACCCAAACCAUGAAAACCCACCUUGAAGCACAGAGUCAAGUUCGUUUGGUCGUCCAGUGGAGCCUAUUGCCAAACGAGGUACCAGAGAACUUAAUAAGCUCAAGAAAAAGAAUUUUUGGAAAAAAGAAAAACCCACAGCAUUCCCUUUUGUUUCUACCAAAAUGUGUUGACCAACCCAGAAAAAAAGAAAAGAAAAACACAUAGUAAAAAAAAAAAAAAAAAAAAAAGGGAAAAGAAAAAAAAAAUCUUCGGACCAACUUGUUUCGAUAUUCCAGAGUUUGAUAAUUGUUCAAAGACAUUCUCUAGUGUGCCUGUAUCCCGUGCGUCUGCGUGUGCAAGCGUGUGCUCAGGGGCCAAGAGGGGGCCUCAUCUGCGUCUCCGGUGCCCACCAAGCUCCCGCCAGGCCUGGCGUGCAGUGGUGUGUGUCCUGAUCCAUGUUUACUGGCUGUAAAUACCAUUUUUAUACUCCACACCGAAGAUCUACAUGAUUUGUACAAUGUACUUUAUUUCUGCUACUAGUAAUUUCAUGAAGUUUCAACUUGCAAACCAACUUUUGGAAACAAACCCACACACACACACACACACACACACACACACACACACACACAAG